UGGCGUCUUCGUUCUCGUCUGCAAGGGCGAAGGGCAAUGCAAAUGACCACCAACCUGGCCUUCCGUGUGCACGAGCACUGCACGACCACUGCCUGCGUGCAUCACCGCAGGAACCAGACUGAUGAGUAAUCUAAUGACUCAUUGUGUUGUCUAGGGCAGGCAGAAUAUUACGCACGCGUGUUGGAGUAUUUUUAAAGGAUCUCACGUUACAUGUGGAAUAACAUCAACAAAGUUGGGGGGGAAAUGUCGAGAGGCAAUUUUUUUUUGGCACAGAGAAAAAAGAAGUUGCAAUAGGCGGAGCGGAGAGAAGCUUUAGAUACCUUUUCGGCCACCCAUCAUAUACUCUGUCUGCUGUUCUUCCCUAUAAAUUCGUCGACCUCUCCAUAUCACAGAGAGAUAGAGAGAGAGAGAGAUAGACAGGAGAGAGAGAGAGAGGGGAAGAGAGAGAGAGAGAGAGAGAGAGAUAGAUGUGGUAACUCAAGAACUGUUCUUAUGCAUGCAGCAGCCAUAAGCAUUGCUACUAGGGUUUCAUGCGGGGCGAAGCAGCUGGUCUCUGCCGCCUGAACGCCGCCGGAAUCUGCGAGGCCUCCCCGAGCUGCGUGCGUCGUCGGAUAAGGCAGCCGGCACGGCAAUGCCGGUUCCGCUUGCUCCGUACCCAGCUCCUCCGGCGCCAUUCACGCCGCCCAAUGGGGCCCAGAGCCAGCUCGUCUGCACCGGGUGCCGGAACCUCCUCAUGUACCCAGCUGGUGCGACGUCGGUCUGCUGCGCCGUCUGCAGCACCGUCACCGCCGUGCCGGCUCCAGGAACUGAGAUGGCGCAGCUAGUGUGCGGAGGAUGCCACACCCUCCUCAUGUACAUACGCGGCGCGACGAGCGUGCAGUGUUCUUGCUGCCACACUGUGAACCUGGCUAUGGAAGCAAAUCAAGUCGCGCAUGUGAACUGCGGGAACUGCCGCAUGCUGCUCAUGUACCAGUACGGGGCUCGGUCCGUGAAGUGCGCGGUCUGCAGUUUUGUGACAUCGGUUGGAGUAAGUACUCAAAGCAUCCUUUUUCAGAAAAGGAUGCAAUUAACAAAUAAUGUUUUUUGUUGUAGAAGACUACCAUUGUUUCGCUGCUAUUCUUACUGUAAAACAACUUGUGUUUCUCAUGAGAAACAGAGAACUAACCGCCAAGUUUCACUCUACUCAGACCUCACCUGGUGCAGAGCAGAAGCCCAGCAGCUGAGCUGAUAGUGUCCCUGAAAGUGCUGUGAGACCACCUAUGAAAAGGAUGCUUUGAGUGCACAUGUAUAGAGUUCUUCCCUGAAGCGAUUCUUUCACUUUCUUUUCUUUUGUUUUCUUUUGUUUUCUUUUCUUUUUUGGUUCCUCCUCACCAUCUCCACCCCACCCGUCCACUUCUGCGUUCCUUCGAUGGAUCUCGCGAGCCCGCGGAAUAAAUGAGAGUUUUGGAUAUAUAGCUAGGGCUUAACCUCGUCGACUUGUCUGUAAAAUCGAAUGAGACAUAUAUAUAAACCUAUGUUGUUUUCCUUGUUUCUGAA